AUGAGGUCUAAUUCAGGCCCCUGCGGCUUACUACGCUGUUCAUCCCGAAGCACAGGGACUUCUGACAGGUUGAGAUCCUCACACGGAUCUGCAGAUGCCAGCAUUGCCUCCCAACAAUCACCAAUCAAGGGAGGGCGCCCGUCCAAAAACCCCUACGCCCCGACGGAGCCAAGCCGCUUAGCCAUUUCCCCACCUGGCUCCCGUCUGGACAUGAGUGGCAUCAUACGUAGGUGCAAACGACAUAUGGGCUCCUUCGCUUCCCCCCUUCCCCAGAUAUCUAUUACCCACGAUCACUGCCUGAGAUCAGAUCAUACCUCCACAAUGCAGAUCAAGUCAUCCACCGUUCUCGUCACCCUUGUGGGCUCCUCCAUGGCCCAGGCUGCCAACCUCCAGCAAAGACAGUUUGAAUCGACCGACGUGGCCGCCACUACCACCGACAGCAACUCGGGUUCUACGGAGACCGGCUCAGUCACUCUCCCAUACCUCACCGAGACCAGCCAGACGGGCAGUACGACUGGAUCUGAAGCUCCUACAGGUACCGGCUCUGGAACUGCCACUGGAUCAGGAUCUACCACUGGAUCAGGAUCUCCCACCGGAUCGUCCAGUAGCGGAGCCGAAUCGACCUCGGACUCCGCUACUCCCACUAGCGGAUCGGCCUCGCCUACCGAGUCCGGAUCGACCACUUCCACUUCCACUUCUACCACUACCGAGGCCUCAACCACCACUAGUCGAAGCGAGACCAGCUCGGGAACUGCUUCCUCCACUUCAUCAUCGGCUUCUCCUUCGUCGACUGACUCGGGUGCGUCCUCGACCUUGCCUCAAGGUUGGGCCACAUGGAUGCUCCCCUUCGUUUUGGGCGCCUUCCUGUGA